AUGGGUUCGGCUGCGUCGAGGCGACUGUCUGCCGCCGAGAAGGCCGCGAUCCAGGCGGAGUCGGGAUUCUCGAUUUUCCGUAUUGGCUACCUGUUUGACAUGUACGAGUCCCUGAGGAAGAAAAACGGAGUGGUGCAGAAGAAGGAUCUAAUGCACUGCCCCCCACUGGCCGGCCAUCCUUUGGCGAAUGCGAUUUUGGACCGCAGGCUUAACCCUUCGAAAGGUUUCCGGCACUUCAUCAAUAUACUGGAGCCCUUCCAACGGAGGACGUCGGUGGAGCGGAAGCUGUUGGCCCUACUACGCCUAUUCGAUAACAACGCGGACGACAAGCUCUCAUCCGACGAGUGCUUCGAUCUGCUCCUGCGAUUGCCGUGCACGCGGCGGGAGUUUCGUGCCAUGUGGCGGAGGCUCAACCGGAUGCUGGUGGAGAAGGCGAAAGAGUGUGCCAGGCAAAUGGUUCGUCAGCAGGCUGAGAGGCAGGCCGAGAGAAUGGUUAAAGAGGAGGCUUUUAAGCUGGUUCCGGAGUGGGAUCAGAAGCAUCAGAAUAAGAACCCGCGGAUGAAGGCACAAAAGAAGCCGCAGAAGCAGUUUGAGGAAGAGGAGGAUCUGAUAUCUACUUGGGAUCAAAUCCAUUUCGAGGACCUUAUCUACAUUACAAGGGGCAUGGACCUGCAGGACUCUCUCUCGCUGCGCUUCCCCCAAGCCACAGAGCCGACAUGCCCACACGCCCACUGGCAGUGGGAGUGAAUUGCAUAUCCUUUCGCCGCUCUCAUAACAUCACGUUGCAAAAGU